AUGCGAAUAAUAACUCGAGAUAAAUAUACAUUUCAAUCGCUCAACAAUUUUCCAUUUUCAUCUCGAUCAUUACGUGAAUUUUGGGGUUGUCGUUAUAAUUUAAUCAUUGGCAGAAUUUUGCAUCAAUCAAUUUUUCAGCCGCUCAAUUCUUAUAUGUCAUCAAGAUCAGCCGUUGCUUUAAUAACGUUUAUUAUCAGUGGUCUGCUUCAUAUUCAUAUUGCUAUCGUCGUUCUCAAUGAUGUGUCGUCGGCCCUAUCCACAUUUGCUUGCUUCGUUCUCAAUGGUAUUGCUUGUUGCAUAGAGGGUUUUCUACCGAACAAGUUACCGCCAAUACUUGGAUGGUUAAUUACACACUGUGUUCUGCUUAUAACAGCACCAAUGUGUAUUGGAUCAUUCGCAAGAGAUCAAUCUGUAUUUUUUGCUAUCGAUGCACUAUCAUCUUGCGUCGACCAAUGGAUUUUAGCAUUACCGAGUCCCAAAAUGUGUCCAAAAUAA